ACUAGGCUGCCCAGGCCCUGCCUGCUUGGCUGGGGCUGGGGGCUGUGGGGAGGUGGCCAGGAGGCUGGGCCUGGGCAGCUAAACUGGAGCUUUGGCCAGGGUCCAGAGCCUCCCUCCCUUCAGCUUCCUGCCGUGCAGAGCCCUCGCCCCUGGCCACCCUAGGCUGCUUCCUUGCCCAGCAGACCCAGCACUGGUUGCUGCCAGGCAGAUGGGGCACCGGGCAGGGGCUGGAGGGGCUGCCCUCCCAGCUGACCCAGCCUCCUGGGCCGCUUCCUCCAAACCAGCAGGGUGGAAAGAUGGGGCACCCACCAGACUCUCCCAGUACCCUGGCCCCAGCUGGUACCACAGCUAUACCUGGGCUUAUUCCAGACCUCAUCGCCGGGACCCCCUGGCCCCGCUGGGCUCUCAUUGCAGGCGCCCUUGCCGCGGGCGUCCUCAUCGUCUCCUGCCUCCUCUGUGCUGCCUGCUGCUGCUGCCGCCGCCACAGGAAGAAGCCCAGGGACAAGGAGGCGGUGGGUCUGGGCAGUGCCCGUGGCAUCACCACCACCCACCUGGUGCAGCCUGAUGUGGAUAGCCUGGAGUCCAGUCCGGGGGGCGCUCAGCAAUGGGGGCGCCUGCAGCUGUCCCUGGAGUACGACUUUGGAAGCCAGGAGAUCAGGGUGGGCCUGAGGCAGGCAGCCGACCUGAGGCCCGGGGGCACCGUGGACCCCUAUGCGCGGGUCAGCGUCUCCACCCAGUCCGGGCACAGACACGAGACAAAGGUGCACCGAGGCACGCUCUGCCCUGUGUUUGACGAGACCUGCUGCUUCCACAUCCCGCAGGCGGAGCUGCCGGGGACCACCCUGCAGGUGCAGCUUUUCAACUUCAAGCGCUUCUCGGGGCAUGAGCCCCUGGGUGAGCUCCGCCUGCCACUGGGCACCGUGGAUCUACAGCACGUUCUGGAGCACUGGUACCCGCUGGGUCCGCCGGCUGCCACUGAGCUCAGGCCGGCUGACCGUGGUGGUGCUGGAGGCUCGAGGCCUGCGUCCAGGACUGGCAGAGCCCUACGUGAAGGUCCAGCUCAUGCUGAACCAGAGGAAGUGGAAGAAGAGAAAGACAGCCACCAGAAAGGGCACGGCUGCCCCCUACUUCAACGAGGCCUUCACCUUCAUGGUGCCCUUCAGUCAGGUCCAGGUGGGUCUCCGGGAGGCAGGGGCAGAGCGGGACCCAGUGCCGGACCACGAAGACCACAGUCUUUCUCCUCCAACUCCGACACAUGGCCUGUCUCUGCACAGAAUGUGGACCUGGUGCUGGCCGUCUGGGACCGCGGCCUGCCGCUCCGGGCUGAGCCCGUGGGCAAGGUGCACCUGGGUGCCCGGGCCUCGGGGCAGCCCCUGCAACACUGGGCAGACAUGCUGGCCCACGCCCGGCGGCCCAUUGCCCAGUGGCACCCCCUGCAGCCAGCCAGGGAGGUGGACCGCGUGCUGGCCCUGCAGCCCCGCCUGCGCCUGCACCUGCCCUUGCCCCACUCCUGAACGCGCCGCGUGCCUCGGUCUCCCCGCUGAGCCCAGGCACUUGCCCAGGCCGCCCUGCAGGACCACUGCAAUAAACGCCUUCUCCUGCCA